AUGGACGAGAAAUGUCUGCUGGCAUCGUUAGAGAACCUUGUCGCCUGCACGCUGAUAGAUAGCGAUGAGGAUCUGCAAUGCUUUUGUGUCGACAAUAUGGUUGCCCAAAAUAUCCUCAAGGGCUUACUAACAACAUCGGGAAAGCACACCGCGUUGAGAAAUGCAACGAUUUUGCUCUCUAUCGCCUUUCCCGAAUGUCCUAGGGACAGGCGUCUGUACCCAGACCAUCAGGAUGGCUGUGCAAGAUAUCUAGAGCAUGCCCUGACCCUGCGUUGGUUAUUGACGAGAGAGUAUUCCAACAACAAGGAUAUGAAUGUCGUCACGAUGGAAGAUUUGUAUCGGUUGAUAACCCUCGUCGAACAGUGA